UACAUCGGAGUCAGGGAAUGGGUGGAGUUGUACUCAAGCCCACUAAACCUCAUCAUGCCUGUUUAUAAAUGAGCCCCUACCCUCCAGACACCCUUCAUCCAGAGGACUAGCCGUCUCCCAGCACGAUGCCAGGCAAGCCCGCACCCAUUAAGAAGUCCGCCGCCAAGAUGGCAGCAGAGAAGGCAGCUGAGCCCGAAUCCAGUCCGGUGGAGGCUUCGCCCGCGGAGACACCUGCGGAGGCUACUCCCUCUACCGAGGGCGGAGAAGCACCGCCCGCCGCCCCUGCUGAGAACAGCCGGGAAGGAAGCUCGCCAGCUGCUGAACCCACUGCUGAAUGCGAUGCUGCUGCAGCUGCCACAGAUGCUCCUGUUGCUGACGCACCAGCUGCUCCAGCAGAAAGCGCUACAGUUGAGGAGCUGCCCAAAGCCCCAACACCUCCACCUCCUGCAGUUCCCACCAGCGCUCCAUUAGAAGUAUCUGUAGAAGAUGUGAACGACUCAAGCCUCACCAUCAAGUGGAAGAUGCCAGACAACAUCGGAGACUCUGGCCUAGAUGGAUACACCAUUGAGUAUUGCAAGGAUGGAACAACAGACUGGGUGGUGGCAAACGAGGAGCUGACCCCAGCUAACCGCUACUGCAUCAAGGACCUGACAGCAGGCGAUAUGCUACUUGUGCGCGUGGUGGCUAUAAACCCCGGUGGCCGCAGUGAACCUGGCACGCUCUCCCAGGCCGUGCCAAUCCGUGAGGUUGUCGCCCGUCCAAAAAUCAAAGUGCCUCGCAAUCUCCGCAACCGCAUUGUCAAACAAGUUGGAGACCAAAUCAACUUGGUCAUUCCAUUCCUUGGAAAGCCCAAACCAGUGGUGUCCUGGCUGAAGGACGGUCAGCCUUUGGACCCAAAGAGGGUCAACAUCAGGAACAGUGACAAGGACAGCAUCCUAUUUAUCCGCAGUUCUCAGAGGGAGGACUCGGGCGUUUAUGAGAUGACUGUGAAGGUGGACAGCUUUGAAGACAAAGCCACCAUCACCCUUCAGAUUGUUGAGCUGCCUGGUCCUCCUGCUAGUGUUAAGCUGGUGGACUGCUGGGGCUUCAACGCCGCACUGGAAUGGACUCCUCCCAAGGACAAUGGCAACACAGAGAUCACUGGGUACAUUGUCCAGAAGGCGGACAGGAAGACUGGGGACUGGUUCACAGUGCUGGAACACUACCACAGGCUAACUGCCACCAUCUCUGAUCUCAUCAUGGGAAACUCAUACUCCUUCAGAGUGUUUUCUGUGAACAAAGUGGGUGUCAGUGAGAAGAAUGCGAUCACCAAGGACGUGGCUACAAUACAGAAGACAGGCAUUGUGUACAAGCCACCCGAGUACCCAGAGCAUGACUUCAGCGAGGCGCCCAAAUUCACCACACCGCUGAAUGACCGGGCAGCUACUGUUGGAUACACCACCAAGCUGCUGUGCUCCGUUCGUGGAUGUCCCAAGGAAUACUAGUGCUACUAUGACGGUGUGAAGUUUCAGCAGGUCUCGCAUUAUUGAUGGUGGUGGCUCCUACUCUGGUUAAACAUAUCUUUACAGUUGUCUGCCUGACACAGCCGGCUUAAAUGACAGGCAGAGGUGGAAAUAAGUUUGAUUAUGCGUCCUAGCUGUCCUUGGCUUCUCACCAAGGAUUUGGAUGGCCAUGCCAGUGGGGCUCAGACAAAUCAAAUUGGACUUGUCGAACACAAAUUGCCUGGAGCGCCACAGUAUGACUGCAUCAUAAAGACAACAGGAACAGGGAGCUGGACCUGGUGUGUAAUAGUAGGAGAUGUUUCUUUUUAUGUUGCAUUCAUUUGACCUGAGUGUUUAUGGAAUAUGGCUUAACCAGUACAAGCCUGGCUCAUCACGGGCAUUCAAGCGGAUUCCUGUGUUUUGGGAUAACGGCCCAAGUGACGAGUCACACCCCAACCCUGAAAUGAACAUCUAUGAACGCAGACCCGUCAUGUCUAAAUGAGUCUUGUGGGCCACUUCUCAGUAGCAGCUGGCUCAAAUUCUGCAAUAAGAGCACUUGAGCAUAAGCUGCUGUAAACAUGCGCACCAAUGCUUUGUAAGGGAUCUUGUUCUUUCAUUCCUUUCAUAGGACUUUUAUAGGAAUUACAUUAUUUCACACUCAUGCAAGUUGGGGAUUUAUAUUGCACGUGUUUAUGGGCCACUAUCUCUCGCAGCUGUCCAGGAAGUCCAUGCAUAAACGCAUGGUCUGCUAUCUUAUGACAAAGAGAUGGAGUCAAAGUGUGUUGGAAGCUCAGCAGGGACAACAUAACGAUAAGAGAAUAGUUUGUUGUCCUCUCAUGGCUAAGUGGAGAUGUUGCUUUAUCAAGAGGGUGCUAUUUUUGUCACUACGCUGUAGCACAGUUAUCAGUGACUGACAGUGACUUUCCUGGCACACUCAACAAACGCUCUCUGAAAAAAACUGUCUGACACUCUAGGUGCUGCAGCUGAGGUCAAAGGUAAAAUCAAUACAAGCUAAUUUAUUUUUUUUCCGGGAACGUCACACAAUGCCAGUCCUCUAGGUUUUAACAGAUAUUAGAACCAAGAUGGCAGAAGUAGCCAAGGUCAAAGGUUGAGCCUGUAUGUGCAUGUUCCUCAUCAGCGCUCUGCCAGUCACAGUGGGAGUCUUACUAAUGACAAUCAGUCCCACAUGCUGCAGAAAGCUGGGGUCAAGGGUACAUAUUUCUUGGAUGUUCUUUUCCAAACUACUUUCCUAAAAGCUAAAAUAUGCUUAUUUGGACUACAUGUUUUA